AUGUCAGACGAGCUAGCUUCCACACUUGCUUCCAUCCAGGAGUUCAUGGCCGGAGUCAAUAGACGUUUGGAUCAGAUAGAGAGUUCUCGCCAAGAUCCUCAUCCGGCUGUCAUGGUCACUGACGAGGCGAUUCCUCAUGCAUCUCAGACAGCACAGACUCGUCCACCUGGGGUUUCACUUGGUACUCCAUUCCAUCUGGUAGAUCCUUAUGAGACCAUUCCACCACCUACUGUCACAGUGCCACCUCCCAUGGUUCCUACUAUUGAGGAUACUCGAUUGGCCGAGCAGGAGGCCAAGGUUGAGAGGCUUGAGGAUGGCAUACCGGCAGCUAGCUUGCCCGCUAAGUUCCGCAUGCCAGACAUUGAGCGCUACAAUGGGAUUGGUUGUCCCAAGAUCCACUUGAGAUUAUACAGCACUGUCAUGAGGGCGCACGGGAUAAAUGAUGCACAGCUGGUGGCCCUCUUUCCCAUGUCACUUAGUGGGGCAGCUCAGAGAUGGUUUGCUUCAGUUGAGCCUUCGAGACUCCGCACUUGGGAGGAUGUGGCUCGUGAGUUCCUGACUCAGUUCGCUUUCAGUGCCGAUAUUGAUGUAUCCAGACGAGAGUUGGAGGCCACUAGACAGAGGCCAGAGGAGUCUAUUUCUUCCUUUGUCACUCGUUGGAGGGCAAAGGUGGCUGGUAUGGUAGACCGGCCUAAGGAGCAGGAUCAGAUUGAUAUGGUUCUUCGGAACCUACAGCCGAGGUUCGCUAGACGUCUGGUAGGCAUCCCAUUUCAGGAUCUUAGGAGUUUGGUUCAUGCUGCUUUCAGUGUAGAGGAGGCUAUGGCUCGAGGAUUAUGGACAGAUAUUGCUACUUUCCCUGACAGUAAGGGGAAGAGGCCGAUUGGAUCAUCUACCAGAUCUGGAGAGGUUGGUGCUAUUAGCUAUCGGCACCAGAGGCCCGCGCAUCACUCAGCUUAUAGGUCUCCUACAGUCAGAGCUCCUUUCUCUCUUCCACAGUGUCAGUAUCAGUUGGAUUAUGCUCAGGAGCCUUACAUUGCUCAGACUAGCAUGCAGCCACGACCACCACAUCCGAGAGCCGCUACUCACCCACCGCCUAAACCAUAUACACAGAGGCCCCUGAGACAGUUCACUCCCUUGGGCAUGACUAUGACUAGAGCUUUUGAGAAGCUCAGAGACACUGGAGUGAUUGUUCCUUUGGCACCGAGGCCUUUGCCCCAUCCUAUUCCUCCUCAUUUUCGUUCACAUGAGCACUGCUUGUAUCAUCAGAUUUCGGGGCACGAUACUGAGCAUUGUUCAGCACUCCAUCAUGCGAUACAGGAUUUGAUCGAUUCAUGGAUGGUUGACUUGGCUAGGCCAAGUGUGACCACCAAUCCCCUGCCUGCACAUUCUACACACGCAGUUCCUCCUCCUCCUGGUCUUCAGUAUAUUGAUUUGGAUGUUGAUGGUAUUGAUGGUCGCAUGGUAUUUUGGGACACCUCGGGUUGGGGACUUUGUUUCAGUUGA